UCAAUUUGAAAUCGCCACUAGUUCUCCAAAGCACUCGGUCUUCACCCACAAACACCAGCGCUCAACGUAAACCAAAACGUAACGUCUUUCUUUCGUAAGCGGAUUUUUUUUUUUAAGUGCAGUGACUCGGAUAGUUAAUCUAAAAGCAGUGGGCGAGAAAGAUAUGGCAAACAACGAGUCGCUGGUCGCAUUGAAUGGGACUCAGAUUUCAUACAUUGGGCACGACUGUAAGGAAAUUCCAGAGUUCCUUGGAGAGACCUAUGGCCAGUUUGCACGAAGGCUGGAUCUGAGUUUUAAUCAGCUCAGGUCACUGGCAGGCCUCAAAAUGUUCACUGAGCUGGAAGAGCUGAUCGUCGACAACAAUCUGCUUGGAAAUGACCUCCAGUUGCCCAGGUUACCCAACCUCCACACCCUGACGCUCAACAAGAACCACCUGACUGAUAUCGAGGCCUUGCUGGAACACUUGGCUGAUGUGACCCCAUCACUCGAGUACCUAAGCCUGCUGGGAAAUGAGGCCUGUCCUAACCAGCUGGUCAGCCCGGAUAAGGACGAGGACGACUACCAGCGAUACAGGUACUUUGUUCUGUACAAGUUGCCACAACUGAAGUUUCUGGACACCAGGAAAGUAACCAAAAGAGAAGGGAUGGAGGCACAGGAAAGGGGCGCAUUCAUGAAAGUGGUCAAGCCUAAGCCGGAAGCUUCACUUAAUGAGGCUGGAUCAGAGAGCCACCCACUGCCCUAUUCGCCUCUACCGCGAGGAUCCAGAGAUCCCAUGACCCACAAAGGAGUAUUCGCCAAGUGUCGCUACAUCUACUAUGGCAAGCACUCAGAGGGCAACAGAUUCAUCAGAAACGAUCAGCUCUGAUGGACAGCCGCUCAACCGUAGACUAAGAGACGGACAUGGAAGACAGCAGAUGCUAACAGAAGGACGGGAGGAUCAAGUCAGUCUUAUUUAUUGAAUCCAGUGGUGAUAUUUGGUUCACCUGAUCUGGAAAAGAAAAGAUUUAAAUUCCUGGAAAAAAAUGUUCCUAUAUAAGAGGAAGGUUUCCUUUUAAAAAAAAAAAAUUCUUGUGUUUUUAAAGAUCAUAUUGCAGCCCCAUAGUUAGAGCCUCUUUUGCUUCUGCUUCCCUGCAUGCAGCUCAGCCGGAAAUGACACUCUGAAUGACAUGAUUGCCUCUAAGCAUUUGCAACUGCAAAACUCGAGACUCAAAACACAAACACAAGAGCACAAGCCUCUCUCUCACACACACACACUCACACACACACACACAGUCAGUGACAAACAUACCCAGCCAAUUGCAUCCUCUUCCUUGACAGCCAUGAUGGAUCACUUGUCCACUACCACCACUAAUCAAGGGGGAAGAGGUUAUGGUCACACACCUGGGGCCUGACACGGACUCAUCUCUUUCACCGUGUGUAUCAUUCGCUCACACACACUCGCAUCUUCUUUAAAACAUUAAGACAAGGCUUUGACAGAACAGCGUUUCUACAGCUUCAUUAAACAUUGCUGUGAUUUUCAGUCGACACCCAAGGCAUGAUCAGUGUGUCUUGUUUAGUUUGA